AUGUGGGAGUUGGGGUCUGAGUUGAGCCUCGAGGAGCCAAAGGGGUGCAGCAGCACGACCGUGGCGGACAACGGCAUCGCUAUCGAACGCGUCGCGGCGACCACCACGCACAACCUCCUCCACCUCCUGGUCGCUCUCGAGAUGGACAAGGACGCCGCCGUGCUGGAGCAUGCGGCGACGGUGGCCCUGGCGAGGCUCGCGGAGAGCCUACGGGCGAAGAGCACCCACUACAGGUUCCUCCGUGACGAGUCGCGCCGCGCGGCGGCCUGCUGCCGCGCGUUCUUAGUUUUCGUGAGCCUCCUCAAGAAGGUGGUCGACGAGGAAGGGGCGGGUGGCAGCGCGGGGGGGGGGCUGCCGCCUUCGCUGGCCGGGCGCCUGGAAGAGGAGACCGACGCGGUGGCGGCGGCGUCUGCGGGACUUCCGGAGGAGAGGGCAGCCGUGCUGCGCGACAUCGCUGCGGCUGUGGAGGGGCGGUGGAGUUGUCAGACACCAGCGGUUGAUGGCACGGCGACGCAUAGCUCCAUGUUUCGUACCAAGGUAGCACUUGAAGGCGCUGGCUGA